UUGCUUUAUGCUCUAAUUAAUUUUCGCACAACAAACGCACGUGAUCUAUUCACACGUUGUGUCCUGUGAGGGGUUUGGCUAAAGUAAAUUAUAUACAGAAUUUUGAGACGAUAUCGCCUUGAUUGUGAACAAUACAAAAAAUUAACUAACUGAUGGGGAGAAAAAUACUGUAAUGAAAGGAAAAAUAAGGAAUAGAGAAAAAAUCUCAGCAGGGGAGAUAAAAACAACUGGUAAUAUCAAGAUGGAGCUUAUGUCAGCAAUGAAAAACAGAAUUAUGAUAUUUGAUGGAGGUAUGGGAACUAUGAUACAACAGUAUAGGUUUGAGGAGGAAGAUUUUCGUGGUACAGAGUUUAAAGAUCAUCCAAGCAGUCUGAAGGGAAACAAUGACUUGCUAUCUCUUACCAAACCUGAUGUUAUCUAUGACAUCCAUGUGAGUUAUCUCCAAGCAGGAGCAGAUUUUGUAGAAACAAACACAUUCAGUGGGACCACAAUUGCCCAAGCAGACUAUGGAAUGGAAAAUAUUGUGUACAGGCUUAAUUUAGAAUCUGCAAAGAUAGCACGGCAAGCAGCUAAUGAUGUAACAAAUGCUACUGGUGUUAAGAGAUAUGUUGCAGGAGCUAUUGGUCCCACUAACAGAACAUUGUCGAUUUCUCCAUCAGUUGAGAAACCAGAUCUCCGAAAUAUAACAUUUGAUGAAUUAGUAUCAGCAUACAGAGAACAAGCAAAGGGAUUGCUUGAUGGUGGUGUUGAUGUCUUACUGGUAGAGACUAUCUUUGAUACAGCUAACUCAAAAGCUGCAUUAUUUGCUAUUCAACAACUGUUUGCGGCUGACAGUAGAGAAGUCCCAAUAUUUGUAUCUGGUACUAUUGUUGAUAAAAGUGGUAGGACAUUGUCUGGACAAACAACAGAGGCAUUUAUAAUAAGUGUUUCACAUGCAGAACCACUCUGCCUCGGUUUGAACUGUGCCCUUGGUGCUGCAGAAAUGAGGCCUUUCCUGCAGGCAGUGAGUGACAACACCACAGCAUUUACUAUCUGUUAUCCAAAUGCAGGUCUACCAAACACAUUUGGAGAGUAUGAUGAGACACCUGAAAUGAUGGCUGCUCAGUUAAAGAGCUUUGCCAAAGAUGGUUUAAUUAACAUAAUAGGAGGCUGUUGUGGGACAACACCAGAUCAUAUCAAGGCAAUCAAAGAAGCAGUUGAGCAAUAUGAGCCAAGAAUACCUCCAACCUCUAUCAAUGAAGGUUACAUGUUACUGUCUGGACUGGAGCCCACAAAGAUAGGACCUUACACAAACUUUGUAAACAUUGGAGAGAGAUGUAAUGUUGCAGGUUCUCGCAGAUUUGCUAAGUUGAUUACCAAUGGCAACUUUGAUGAAGCUUUAACAAUAGCUAAAGUGCAAGUAGAAAAUGGUGCACAAAUUCUGGAUAUAAAUAUGGAUGAAGGAAUGUUAGAUGGUGUGGCAGCUAUGACAAAAUUUGUGAAUCUAAUUGCAUCAGAACCAGACAUAUCAAAGGUUCCCCUGUGUAUAGACUCAUCCAAUUUUGCUGUCAUAGAGGCCGGUUUGAAAUGCAGCCAGGGAAAAUGUAUUGUAAAUAGUAUAAGUUUGAAGGAAGGAGAGAGAGACUUUAUUGACAAGGCACAGAAGAUAAGGCAGUAUGGCGGUGCUGUCGUCGUGAUGGCAUUUGAUGAGGAAGGACAGGCCACAGAUGCAACAAGAAAAGUUGAGAUAUGUACAAGGUCAUAUAAUAUUCUUGUCAACAAAGUAGGUUUUAACAAGAAUGACAUCAUUUUUGACCCAAACAUUCUCACCAUAGCAACAGGAAUGGAGGAACAUGAUCGUUAUGGAGUUGAAUUCAUAGAGGCUACUAGAUCAAUAAAGGAGAGUUUACCUGGUGCUAGAGUGAGUGGUGGACUUUCAAAUUUCUCUUUCUCAUUCCGAGGAAUGGAUACUGUCAGAGAGGCUAUGCACAGUGUCUUCCUAUAUCAUGCUAUAAAGGCGGGUAUGGAUAUGGGUAUAGUAAAUGCAGGCUGUUUACCGGUAUAUGAUGAUAUAGAACCCAAACUGCUGCAAUUGUGUGAGAGCCUUCUCUGGGCCAAAGAUCCAAAUGGAACUGACAAACUUCUAGCUUAUGCACAGUCAAUGGGAAAAGAUGCAAAGAAAGCAACAGUUAGUGAUGAAUGGAGAAAUAAAGAUGUUGAGGAAAGACUUUCAUACUCUCUUAUAAAGGGUAUAGACAAAUACGUUAUUGAAGAUACUGAAGAGGCUCGGCAGAAUUCUGAGAGAUAUCCACGACCACUGAAUGUCAUAGAAGGUCCUUUGAUGAAGGGUAUGAGUAUAGUUGGAGACCUGUUUGGAGCAGGAAAAAUGUUUCUGCCUCAAGUGAUCAAGUCAGCUCGGGUGAUGAAAAAAGCUGUUGGACAUCUCAUACCAUUUAUGGAAGAGGAACGUCAGGCUCGUAUGGAAGCUGGUGGAGUAAAUGAGUUGGAGUCAGCAUAUGUGGGCACUGUUGUUAUAGCCACAGUGAAAGGUGAUGUCCAUGAUAUAGGAAAAAAUAUUGUGGCUGUUGUACUUGGUUGUAAUAACUUCAAAGUGAUAGAUUUAGGAGUGAUGACGCCAUGUGAUAAAAUUGUACAGACAGCAAUAGAACAUAAUGCAGAUAUUAUUGGCUUGUCUGGAUUGAUCACACCAUCACUUGAUGAGAUGAUAUAUGUUGCUAAGGAGAUGCAGAGAAUAGGCAUGAAAACACCCCUGUUGAUAGGGGGUGCAACUACCUCCAAAACUCAUACUGCAGUGAAGAUAGCACCAAGAUAUUCUCAACCAGUCAUACAUGUUUUAGAUGCCUCCAAAAGUGUGGUUGUGUGUUGUAACUUGUUAGGAGAGGUGGACAGGGAGGAGUUUAUUGAGGAGAUAGAUGAGGAGUAUGAAGAGAUCAGAUCUGAACACUAUGAUUCUCUCAAGGACAGAAAAUACCUCAGUUUAGAAAAAGCACAAGAAAAGCGUUUAAAGUUGGACUGGAUAGAAGAGUCUGUGCCGGCUGCUCCAACUUUCACUGGUGUGAGGAAGUUUGAAAACUACGACCUGAACAAAUUGAUACCUUAUAUAGACUGGAAACCAUUCUUUGAUGUGUGGCAGCUGAGAGGGAAAUAUCCAAAUAGAGGAUACCCAAAAAUUUUCAACGACAAAACUGUUGGUGAUGAAGCAAAGAAAGUGUUUGAUGAUGCUCAGAAAAUGUUGAAGGAGAUUGUAAGCUCACAGAGUAUACAGGCACAUGCAGUAGUGGCUUUUUAUCCUGCCAGCAGUGUUGGAGAUGAUAUAGAAGUGUACAGCGAAACUGGGCAACAUCUCGAAACAUUACAUGGUCUAAGACAACAGGCUGAAAAGGAUUCUGCAUCCAGUGAUCCCUACCUAUGCCUGUCAGAUUUUGUGGCUCCAAAACAAACAGGGCUUCAGGACCAUAUUGGGUUGUUUGCAGUCACAGCUGGCCAUGGAGUUGACAAAUUGUGUGAAAAGUACCAAAAUGAGUGUGAUGAUUACAGUAUCAUAAUGGUGAAGGCUUUAGCAGACAGACUAGCUGAGGCAUUUGCUGAGGAACUGCAUGAGAGAGUGAGAAAAGAACUUUGGGGCUAUGUGUCUGCAGAACAUUUAGAUGCUACAGAACUACAUAAAAUCAAGUAUCAGGGUAUAAGACCAGCACCUGGAUAUCCUAGUCAACCAGAUCACACAGAAAAACAAAUAAUGUGGAAACUUCUAGGUGCAGACAGUGUAGGGAUAACACUUACAGAAUCGCUUGCCAUGGAGCCUGCUGCAUCAGUUUCUGGUCUUUACUUUGCUAACAAACACAGUUCAUAUUUUGCUACAGGGAAAAUGAAUAAAGAUCAAAUGCUGAGUUAUGCAACACGUAAACAAAUGGAUGUAUCAGAAGUGGAACGAUGGUGUAGUAGUGUGUUGGCAUAUGAUCCAGAAUCGCAGUAGUACCUCAUACAUUAGUCACCUUUACAUUAGUUGAACUACAAACGUUGUUCAUUAAAGUUAUUUGGACAAAAAUAGAGUUAAUAUAAAUGAAGAAUUUAAAUUAUAAUAGUAGUGCAUCUCAGUUUUGUUCAAAUGGGGACACUUGCCCAGCUUUAGGGGUAGCUAGAGCUUUAAAAAAAAAUCACAAAGAAACAGCUGUUGAUCUUUGUCCCUUGUAGGGGCUGGUCCAGCUAAAAUUAGAAAUACCUUUAAAAAAAAUUUCUUCAUGAACCACUUUCUUAAUCGUCAUCGAACUUGGCCAGUAGCAUUAUUUAAUGUCCUGCUUCAUUUUGUUCCAACGGGGGCACUUGGCAUCUUUUGAUGAAGCGCUUUAUCUGGUAUAAACUGGAGUAAUAUAAUAGGGUUAUUAUAACAGUAGCUCGAUUUGGGAUACUGUAUUCGGCUGUCAUGGAUUUUUGCCAGAUCAGAUCUCACAAGGCGCGAGUGAUCCGAACUUGCAAAAUCCAUGAGAGCCGAAUACAAAAUCCCAGUUCUAGCUACUGUUGUAAUGACCCUUUUAUUAUAUACUUCUACCUUUUUGUUUGUUGUUUUGUUAUUGAACGAAAUCUUCAAUGUUUUUUAGAUAUCAAAAUGGAACUAAGUGAAGUUUUUAUUUGAGCUAUUUAUAGAACUGUGUCAGGUCAUGCAUAUUAAUGAAAGUAGUCCGGCAGCAUACAAUACAAAAGGUACAAUACGGAAUUUAAAAGGUAUAAUACAGAAUUUUUUUCUGCCUGUUCAUAUUUAAUUGUAAAAUACAAGCCGAUGUUUUACAGAAUUUAUAUAGGUAUAUAAUAAAAAUGGCUACUAGAGCUAAGAAUAGAAAUAAACUUCAAUGAGUUUUAACCUUGAAUCACUUUACAGAUUUUCAUUCAUCUGUAUCCAUUGCAUUCUUGUAAAAUCUUCCCUCAAACUUGUUGAAAAUAAUAAUUGAUAAUUUACAAGAGUGUUUUCUGGCAAUGUGAAAGAAAAUACGAGCUUUUUUUUAAAAGUUAAUGUUAAAUAUGUUGUUUUACAAUUUUAAGUGGUUUUAUUGAUUUAUUUUGUGAAUAAUUCCAAAUAUUUGAUGUAUUUAAUGCUGAGACAGUUUUAUAUUUUACAAAGUGAUAAUGUUCAUUUGAAUAGGGUUUUUCGGUCUUAAAAAAGAUAGUUAACAAGAGAAAAAUUGAUUGAUUAAGAAAUAGUUUUUAUAUUCAAAAUACUUUUAAACUAGGUUUUUAAAAAAAACUGGUAAUUAGAUUGGUGAAUGUCAGAGGUUGGCUAGUGGGUUGUUGUUAUUUUGUGAUGAAAAAAAGUCAUUUUGAUGCCAUUGGGUCACGGUCAAAGUCACUUUUACUAAAAAUAGAUUGUUUUUCACUGUGUUUAUCAAAAAGGUUGUUUUUGGUUUAUAACUUUAGUUAGGAUUGAUUAACUGUUCUAAAACCUGAUGUACAGUAAGCUUACAUGAAGAACUAGCCUUGGAUUGUAUUGGGGUCACUAUAACUAAUCAAAGUACUGAGAGGACUGAUGGGGGCAGUGCAUUGCAGUUUCAAGACUUGAUGUAACCCAUUCAUGUCAGGGAAGUACAUGCAGGCAUUAAGUAAUGCACUUGUGUGUGGCAAGAAAUGGAGUUGUCACAACUUUAACAGUGCACAACAAUAAAAUUUAUUAACUUUGUGUUCAAUACACUUCUAUAUUUUGUUCAAAAGGUAAAGAUAGAAAAUCUAGUCUUGUUAAAUAGCAGUUGUUCAUCGACAAACAAAAACCUUUCAUUGCCAGGUUUGAUAAAAUGAAAAAAGAUAAAGCUGUACAAUGUAUUUCAAUUUCUUCAAUACUUCUGUUUGCACUCUGUGUCCUGACAUCAUGUGUUCUUGACAGUCUAAAGGAACAGGAUUUCCUUGAACUGACAUUGAAAAAAAUCUAGGCUAUGUUUUCUAAUGUGUACAAUACUUAUCAAUUAAAAAAGUCAGGAACAAUGUAUUUCAAUUUCUUCAAUACUUCCGUUUGCACUCUAUGUCCUGACAUCAUGUGUUCUUGACAGUCUAACAGAAACGGGCAAUCUUUGUAACACUUCAUGAAAGUUUGGAAAGAAAGUCAAAAUAUUCCAAUAUGUGAAUGUUUAAAGGAACAGGAUUUCCUUGAACUGACAUUGAAAAAAUCUAGGCUAUGUUUUCUAAUGUGUACAAUACUUAUCAAUUAAAAAAGUCAGGAAUGUUUUUUGUUACAAAUAAGCAUCAUUUUAAUAAGGAGUCGUCAUUAGUUAACACACAAACACCUGUAAAAAUAUUUUUAUAGAUCUACCUUUUUUCCAUUCCAAUUCAGUAACUGUAUUCUUAAAAAUAUACAUGAUAUAUGAUGAUA